AUGUUUUAUCCUGUGAAUAAAAGCCCGGGCCGAUUUUUUGUCCCAGUCCAGCCCUGCAUCAAAGCCAUUACUUCCUGUUUCUCAAAUGUGUUCAUGGUCAGCAAAGCUAUGAAUGUGGUCUACGCUGGCUGGACACGUGUCCAGGCUGACCUUAACUGCAUGGCUGAUCUCUAUAACACCAGUACAACAUGGAAAUACUUCAUCAACCUCUGUGGUCAGGAUUUCCCUCUAAAAACUAACUUGGAAAUUGUGCAAGCUUUGCGUGCACUACAAGGAGGUAACAGUUUGGAGUCAGAGGAAAUGCCUGAAGGAAAGAAGGGAAGAGUGUCUAAUGCUCACCAAGUAGUUGAUGGAAAAGUCCAGGUACUUCAUUUGGAGAUUUUUUACGUUGUAUCAUCCAAUAGGAAAACAAAGGAUCCAGCUCCCUUCAAUCUGCCCAUACUAUCAGGAAAUGCCUAUAUUGUGGUCAACCGAGGUUACGUUCGCAGUGUGUUCGAAGACAAGCGAAUACAGGCCCUCAUUGAGUGGGCCAAAGACACCUACAGUCCUGAUGAGUUUCUGUGGGCAACAAUACAACGAAUACCUGGUGUUCCCGGCUCAACAUGGCCCAACCGUAAAUUCGACAUGACAGACAUGAAUGCAAUUGCCCGGAUGGUCAAGUGGCAGUGGCACGAGGGGUCGGAGGGUUCCCUGCAAGCAGUAUACCCAGAAUGUAAAGGCCACCAUGUCAAAUCAGUAUGUGUGUAUGGUGCUGGAGACCUGCAGUGGUUGAUUGAACAGCAUCACCUUUUUGCGAAUAAGUUUGAUGCAGACAGAGAUCCCAUUGCUAUCUACUGCUUGGAGAAAUAUCUGAGACACAAGGCACUGACUGAUUUAGUUUAGGUGGAGUCAUCAUCUAUUACUAAAGAUAAUUCCAAUAGACACUUAACUAUAAACACAUUCUUUCAAUGUUUAUUUUAAAUUAAAUUGCUAUCAUCAAUAUUAAUAAUAUUAAUAAUAUUAAAAUGAUUUAGGUUUUGGCUGUAAUUAUGUAGAGGACAAAAUACACAGGGAACUUGCAGGGAAGUUGAUUGCAGUCUAUGUAGAAAGAAAAAUCUGGGUAAAUGAUCUAAUUUCCAGAAGAACUUCAACUCUAAACCUAAAGCCAAACCUACAUCAGUAUAUCAAUAUGACCAAAAAUACUCUGAACUAUGUGCCCCUGUAGCUUGCAUAGAUAUAAACAUAAAAUAUAUGCAGUUUUGAGACGUUCUCUUAAAUUAAAUUAAAUUUUAUUUACAUGGCCCUUAAAUCACCACAACAGUUACCAAUAUUAGAGACACAACUCCAACAACUAGGCGACCCCCUAUUAGCAAGCACUUGGCAGCACUGGGAAGGAAAAAUAGCAGGAAGAAAUAGAAACAGGCUCAGGGAGUGUCUGUCUGCACUUCCUUCCAUUGUACAAAAAUAAAGCCAAAAUCUCUUCUUUGUGGGAGCUGCUAUGUUGCACUUUUGGAACCAGAGCCUGCGCAAGAGUAACUUGAGGGGGAGUGGCUGUGUCACGCUCAUUCCCUGG